AUGGAAGCUCAACAACAAGUGGGUGCACAGGCUCUACUUCUGUUAGGUUCCAAGGGAGACAAGAAUAUUGGGGUGCUUGAGGUUGAAGAUGGCGCUGUAGAUGAUUACCAAUUCCAGCAAGAUCUGCAACAUCAGCAGGAUCUGCAACAGCAAGAAUUACAGGAUCAAGACAAUAAUAUACAUGAUAUGCACCAGCAGAACAACCACCAUCACCUCCAGCAAUUAGAUGUUGGGGAAUUAGAUGAAGGAAGCAGUAAUCCGAACAAUGAAGACAGUGGUGCUAGAGUAGAUGGUGAUGAUGAUGAUGAUGAUGAUGAAGAAUCAAAGAACCAACAGUUGAACGAUGCAGUGGAAGCCGCUGUCAUGAGAUAUGUCGGGGGAACCUUGGAUAGCAGGAAGAAAAGGCGACAUGGUAGUGUGAGUAAUGCAGGAUCCGCUGGAGGGAGAGGUGGAACCAGUGGGGGUAAUGGAGUUGAUGAUCUUAUGACAGAUUUCAGUCCAUGGACUGGGUUUUUGGACGAGGAGCUUACACAGCAGCAGCAGCAACAACAACAACAACAACAACAACAACAACAACAACAACAACAACAACAACAACAACAACAACAGCAACAACAACAACAGUCACAGCAGCAGCAGAAUCAUAGUCAGCAACAGCAGCAACAGCAACAAGUUCCAGAAUUCCCCUACAAUGGAGGUGACGCUAAUAGAAAAAGGAGAAGAAAGAAAUUGCACGAUUCCAACGUGGAUCCGGAACUUACUGGGCUAGACUCAUCAGAACAUGAUCAGUUAGUGCAGGCCGCUAUUUUGGAUGCAAGGGAGUUGGCUAAGCACUUGGGCAAUGGUGGAUCUUUACAAGAACACGACGUAAUGGCAGCACAUAAUUCACUUCAUAACUUACCACCUCACCAAGCACAGCAAGUGAUUGCAGCAGCUACGGCUGCUGUAAACCAAAGUGAUAGCAUGAAUUCCAGAAGGAAAGUUCUUAAGAAGGGUGGACAGAAGCAACGCCCAAUUCAGCAACAACAACAGCACCAACAACAUCAACAACAUCAACAGCACCAACAGCAACAACAGCAGCAGCAGCAGCAACAACAACAGCAACAGCAACAGCAGCACCCGAACAUUCAGCUGGCUCUCAGGCAACUUCCCCUUCAGCCUCUUCAAGCACAGCAACCAUUACAGCAGCAACCGCAGCAACAGCAUCUCCAUCUUCCGUUAAACCAGGAGCAUGAAAGAUCCUCUAAAUUCAACCAUUUGACUUCGGUUGAGGCUCUUGUUGAAGAAUCAGCUGCCUUGGCUUGUUCAUGGUACAAUUCGCUUCCACAACCUUAUAAUAAUGGGCCAAGGGCAUUUUCUCAGGAGGAAAUAUCUGCGGUGGAACAUUUUAUAAGUGGUUAUGGACAUCUCCAUAAAGUUACAAGACAGGAUAUUUGCAAUAGAAUUUGGUCAAGUGAGCGUAAAAAGGAUAAUUUUUGGGAAUCAUUGACAAGAAUACUACCAUAUAGGUCAAGGGCGUCCGUUUACAAACAUGUCCGUCGACAAUUCCAUGUUUUUGAAGUCAGAGGUAAAUGGACACCUGAUGAAGAUGAGUACUUGAAAAAAUUGGCUGCGACGAAGGAGGGAAACUGGAAGGAAAUUGGAGAACUAAUGGGCAGAAUGCCUGAAGACUGCAGAGAUAGGUGGAGAAACUACAUAAAAUGUGGGGACAAUAGAGUACUCAACAAGUGGUCCGAAGCGGAAGAAGAAAAGUUAAAGGAAAUUGUUCAUGAAUUGUUGUCGAAAUCGGAUGGUGACAAGGAGAAUAAGUCAGGACAAGGGCAAAAUGGGAAGUCGGUCAGCAAUAGUAAUAACAGCCACUCUACGGGACUCAACUGGACAAUCGUCAGUGAGAAGAUGAAUGGAGUUCGUUCAAGAAUUCAAUGUAGAUACAAAUGGAACAAACUCAUGAAGAAGAAGGCAAACCUUAGAUCAUCUUAUAUGGAUCCAAGAACAAAACUCUGGUUAGUACAAAAGAUCCAAAGUCUUGGAUUUUUGACCAGAGAUGCAAUUGAUUGGGAUUAUAUAGUUCACUUGUAUGGCGAGAGAGAUCAGAUCAACCCUGAAGAUGGAGACAAAAUCUGGACAUCCUCUGAUUUCAAGGCUGUAUUUGAUAAGAUGGAAACCGAGGUUCGAGACUAUAAGAAAAGAAGAUUGGUGGAGAUUGUUGACGAAUUGUAUUCGUUGUAUGGAAAGUUCGCCGAUGGAAAUAAUGAACAUUUAUCAGAAACUGUCACUGGUAACGGAAGUACACAAGGCGGUCAUAGUGACAAUAGUGCUGCAUAUGCUACUGAAAGGCAGUUAACUGGUGCAGGGUCUACUAAUGAAGAUGUAGAUGAUGCCACGACGAUUGCGAACGCUGCAGUUGCUGCAGUUGCAACUGUGAACUCGGACGAUGUACAGCAGCAAGAGUACAGUUUGUGGAGAUGA